GCCGUGCAGCCGCCAUCGCUUCCCCCGGCAACGCUACGAGCCCCGCGGGGUCCGCCCGGCCCUGCGCGGCGCCGCUGCUGCUCGUCCCGGGGAGGCCCGCGCCGUUGUGCCGCUGCCGGGGCCCCCGCCACGUCUCAUGGCAGCCAUGCCCUGCUCUGAGGCCGCCCUGCAGCCGUCCCCCAGCAAGAGGCAGAAGGGCUCGGCGGCCGGGGAGCCCUCCGCUCGGCUCCGCUUCACCAAGCUGUCCGAGAAUGCCUGCGCUCCAUCCAAGGGCUCUGCACGGGCCGCGGGCUACGACUUGUACAGUGCCUAUGACUACGUGAUCCCACCCAUGGAAAAGGCUGUAGUGAAAACAGACAUUCAGAUUGCACUUCCUGCUGGAUGCUAUGGCCGAGUAGCACCGCGUUCUGGUUUAGCUGCAAAGCACUUCAUAGAUGUUGGUGCUGGUGUUAUUGAUGAGGAUUACAGGGGAAAUGUUGGCGUGGUACUCUUCAACUUUGGCAAGGAGACCUUUGAAGUUAAGAAAGGAGAUAGAAUUGCCCAGCUCAUCUGUGAACGCAUUUUCUAUCCUGAGCUAGAAGAAGUUCAAGCUCUAGAUGAUACAGAACGUGGUGAAGGUGGCUUUGGUUCUACUGGGAAGAACUGAAAAUGAUUUGAAUGUGUUUUCUAUUGCUUUUUUUUAUUGUUCUACUUUGAAAUUUUCAUUUGAAUUAGAUGUAAUAUUUUGAUUUGUUUGGUCAGUUCGUUGUUUUUUUUUUUAAUAUUUUUUUUUCCUCAUUAAUAAUAUUUGUGUUAAAAUAUUCUCCUUAAAGAAAGCUUUCAUGUGUAUCAGUAUUUUAUACUGAGAGUUUAUACAGAGUUAGCAAUAAUAUGUGUAUUGAUAUUACUUCCUACUGUAAUCCCUAAAUCAGAAUGAGGUGAAGAUAUUCAAUAUUGCAUCUUCUGUGACUUGUCAAAAAUGUUUGUUUCAAAGGUAAUGUUCUAACUUUGAUCCUUAUCUGGUUCUCAAAUAGCCAUUUUUUCAGCUCAGUAUAUAAAGAGCAGGGAAUAUGGUAAAGUAAAUACUACAACUCACCUGGAAAUCACUUCAGUAUAGUAAAUAAAUGCUAUGAAGCAUGCUGCUGUUCAACAUUCAUGAAGAACGUACUGUAUGGAAAGAACACACUGCUUUGAUGAUUCAGAAUCAAACUUUUUUUCUCCAGUUGGAGUACGUAAGCCAUUUUGACCAGUUAACAAAAAACUCUUUUGGAAUGGAUCCCAGUGACAAGGUGGAAUGGUUUUUGUAGACCCAGAUGUUCACAGAAUUCUCUCCUUGGUGGUUUUGGGUUAUGGGUUUUUGUCCUUGUUUUGCAUACUUAUCUACUACUAGCCAUUUCCAAAGUUUGUCACACUAUAUAUGUUGUCCCACUACCCUAAAGAGCUGGAAAACAAAGAGCAAUAUGACAGCAUCCUGAUUCCAUUAACCAUAGUCAUUACUUUGAUUUGGCAGUGGUGAAACUGCAAGUACAUCUAUUUUUGGCCAGGGUAAAAACCUUUCCCCUUAUGUGCAUUACCUGCUAAGCAGUGCAUUUUUUUCCCUUAAAGCCUUACCACAGCAUUGUUCUACCUGUAUAUACAGGCUUACCGUGCCAAUGGCUGUUGAGAGGGAGAAGGAUGUCGUUGUAGUAGGGUUCUAAAUCUGCUGGAAAAAUGAUCUUGAGAUGAAGCAUCUUCCCUUAUAUAAUCUGCCAGAAAUGAUCUUCAGUUAUCAAAGACUACUAAAGUGUCUUAAAAUAAGAAUAAAUCCUUCUCUGUAAACCCAUUUCUUCUUCCUGGAGUUUGAGAGUAAGUUUUGCUCCUCCUCUUCCCUCCUAGCAGAAAAAAAUAAAAAGCAAGGGAUACACUGGCUUAAGUCCAUAAAAGAUAAAGGAUGAUCUCACUUGAGGCAGCAACCUACAAGAAUAAAGUUAAGCUUUAUUGAUACUACACAUGGUUUGCUGUAACGUGGAAAAUACUAAUUUACAUAUUUGAACAAUAAUGACACUCCAGAUUCUGAGAUAAGAAGAAACAUGCUUUUUCUAGCAAAUACCAAUCUGAGAAGCAAGAAUGCACGAGGAAGAAACAUGACAGUGAAUGUAUUGAUCUGUGCUUGCUGUGUUCUGUCAACAUACAAGCUGAUAAGUAUCUUUACGACUGUCUCGCUUAUUUUGAAAAGUAUUUUUACUUAGAAGUAUUUUAAGACUAGUGCAAGGUUCCUGCCAGUGAGAGUCUCAGAAAAUAAACAAACACACCUAUUUGAGUCAGUGGAAAUGCUUUCAAGCUCACCUCUACUCUGAACUCCCCAUAUACAUCCAACCACAGCAUUAUUGUAAUAAAUUCCAGAUAAUUCCUUUAGUAGAUGAAGUCUUGCUUUAGUAUGAGUAGCAAAGCUACUGAAGAUAAAUACUUGUGAGAAGGUAACAGGAGUUACACAUCAGUGUAUUGAAUGCUCUGAAGUUCUUACUUGCUAUCGCAGUCCAGAACCUGUACCAAAACCCCUAAGUUUUAUUGUUCAUUACCGUGAACACAGCCCUCAAAUUUAUUGUAAUAUUUCCUUUUUACCAUGAAAGUAUUUUGUCUGCCUGUCUGGCAAACAGGAGGCACAGAACUGUGUGCUUUAGAGUUCUUGUUUUUAAUUUCCUCUGACUCCUAUAAACUUCAUCCUGUGAGCAGAGAGAAGACAGACGGGUACUUUGCCCCCUUUUUAUAAUUGUAAGCUCGACUUAGCACAUUUGAUCCUGUUAACAUUAACAACUUGGCAUGUUUGAGAACUUUUGUAUGAGCAGAAAGAAGAAAGGACUGGUAGAUACAUGAAUGUUCAUUACUUCAUCUGAGAUCUAGCCUAUCUAAAUUAAAUAGUUGUGAAU